CACUCACACUCUCUCUCUCACUCGCUCACUCACUCGCUCAUUGAGUGAGUUGUGUGGAUGCACUUUUGGGGCGAGUGGAAGUGGGCGCUUGCAUGUGUGCGUGAGUGCAUCCGCUCGGCGAACGCGACUGCAGCGGUCUGCUCAGCUGUGGCAGGCUGGCUUUAGCUUCAUUGUCCGUCAGCUCGAGCGGUUCGCUUCGGUCCCGGCCCCGCUGAUUUGGAUUUGGAUUCGGAUUCUCGGAUUCUCGGUUUCUCGACUUCUCGGCUUCUCGACUUCUCGGCUACUCGGAUACUCGGCUACUCGCUUCCUCGGAUUCUCGGAUACUCGGAUACUCCGAUAGUGGGAUAUUCUCGCCAGACUCGGUUUCUCUGCGAGAUUCUCCAUUCUCCGUUCUCCAUUCUUGAUUCUCCGUUCUACGUUCUCCAUUCUCCAUUCUCCUCGCUGGCCAGACAGGCGAUUCUUGGGCUCGGGGACCGAUUUGGGUUCGGAUCGAAAGCGGCGUUCGCUGCUGCAGCGCUGCCGGCGUCGCUGCCUGCGCUCUUGCGUAUUAGUAACGUCGUUCUGCCAGUGUUGUUGUUGUCGCUGGUCGCGGUGUGCGAAUUUUUAUUUAUUUUCUACUCACACACACACACACACAGACACGCGGAGACACACACACACGCACAUGCACACUACCUUUACAUGCUUCCUCUUCCCGAGCGAAAACAAUAAUAACAACAACAACUGAGAGAAAAACCUUUUACGUGCGUUUUUCUUAUGACGAAAAUUUUUUAGUUGACAACAUGCCAGGCCACUAAAAACCAAAAAAACCAAAAAAUUUCAAAAGUAAAAAGAGCUGAAAAUGCAAAAGUGCUGUGACAACCACAAAUAAAUGAAUAGUGGGUAAACAAAAAAAGUUUAAUACAUUAAAAACAAAUACCACAAACAAAGUCAACGUUUUUACCCAACUGCUUUAAACAAAAAAACACCGCAAAUUUUUUACAUAUUUACAUAUAAAUGAGCUUGUAAAUAUUGGAACGCUUUGCCACGAAAAGUACAGUUGCGAUUGAACAAUAUCGCCGAUAUAUCCCCAAAAAUCGAAAGCUAUGGCCGAUUGUUCGUUUGUGAGAUGUCUGCAAGAGCGUCGGCUCAUCAAAAGGGAGCUUUUGAAAUGGUCCAAGGAUAUGCUGCACAUUGUGGCCCUAGAACGCGUUGCUGAAGAAUUUAUGGGUCGCAGGCAAUGGAAACAAUAUCAAGAGCAACUGACGAGCAGCCACUUGAAUUUAGAGGAGCAACAGCCCAUAGCAAUAGACGGUUCCGAGGACGAGCCACCGCAAUACAACCACAGCAGCAAGGCGAUCAGCCAGAGCAAUCCCAACCACUGUAAGACAGCGAACCACCGUCUGGAGCAGCACCACAACGGCAGCCAGCUACUGGAAGCAGAUUCUGAGAACAACCGAACAUCACACGAUUCAUCACGUACACCAACACCGGGUGCCACCAGUACACCAUCACCACCGCCAGAACCCAUCGAUUGGAGACCGUCGGCCAAGUGCAACUUCUGUGUUAACGGUCGCCUGCUAACGGUUAACGCCCAGGGCGAGUUGGUGGCCGAGUCAGCAGCAACUGCCACUAGUAGUAGCACUAGUAAUAGCCACAUUCAUCAGCACGACAGUGACAGCAACUCGAGCGCAUCACUGCCCCACCACAGCAGCAGCGGCAGCAGCAGCAACAACAACAACAAAAGCAGUGGCAACAGGGCACGCCACAUUGCUGCUGCAAGUGCAAGAGCAGCAACAGCAGCGGCAACACCCGCCAACUCCCUCGAACUCUACAAGCUGCUGACCCAGCGGGCAGCCAAAAUGACAUCGAUGGACUCGAUGGCCGCCCAGCUGGCGCAAUUCUCACUGCUGGCCGACUUCAAUCUGAUCAACUCGCUGGCCAGCCAACAGCAGCAACAGCAACAGCAGCAGCAGCAACAACAGCAACAGAUCGCUAGUGCGGUAACGCCAACUACCUCAGAAGUAUCUGCCGCCGCAAUCAGUCCCGCACUCAAAGAUACACCCAGUCCCAGUGCGGAUGCACCGCUCGAUCUUAGCAGCAAACCAUCGCCGAACUCAUCGAUUAGCGGCGAUGUGAAGUCCGUCAGAGCCUGUGCCACGCCCACGUCGUCUGGACGAAGGGCGUACAGUGAAGAGGAUCUGAGCCGGGCGCUGCAGGACGUGGUGGCCAACAAGCUGGAUCACCGAAAGGGCGCUAGCCAGCACCAUGAGCCGCGCUCCAUUCUGGACAACCGGCUGUACAAGCUGAAACACCAGGACCAGGAGCAGGAUCACGAUGGCGACGAGCUCGAGGACUCCAACGAUGAUGCUGAGGCGGAAGUGGACAGCAAUGCGUCGACACCGGCGUAUCCGGCGGAGUUUGCAAGGGCACAACUGCGCAAACUGAGGCACCUGUCCGAGCACAAUGGCAGCGAUCUGGGCGAGGAACUGGAACGUGGAUCGCCGAAAAUGGGUCGGCAUCCGGCCGGUGGCAAUGCCAGUGGCAAUCAGGGCGCUCUGCCCUCCAUACCGCUGGAUGCCAAUGUCCUGCUGCGCACCCUGAUGCUGGCUGCAGGCAUUGGGGCGAUGCCCAAGCUGGAUGAAACGCAAACGGUGGGCGACUUGAUCAAGGGCCUGCUGGUGGCCAAUAGUGGCGGCAUGAUGAACGAGGGACUGCUGAGUCUGCUGUCCGCCAGUCAGGAGAACAGCAUGGGCAAUGCCUCGCUGUUGCUGCAACAGCAGCAGCAGCAUCAGCAUCAGCAACACCAUCAGCAGCAACAGCAGCAGCAGCACCAGCAGCAACAUGUCGCCGCCUAUCGUCAUCGCCUGCCCAAAUCGGAGACUCCGGAAACGAACUCCUCGCUGGAUCCGAACGAUGCCAGCGAGGAUCCCAUACUGAAGAUUCCGUCCUUCAAGGUCAGCGGUCCGGCCAGCAGCAGCAGCCUGUCGCCGGGCGGUCUGGCUGGUGGCCACCACCAUCCGCUGAACAACAACAACAGCCUCAGCAUCAGCAACAACAGCAAUCACAGCAGCAACAGCCACCGGAACGGCAGCAAUCGCAGCCCGCACUCCGCAUCGCCCAUGCUGGCCGCGGCCGUGGCCCAAGGUGGUUACGCCGCCGGCAACAGUUUGCUGCCCUCGUCCUCGUCCAGCAUACAGAAGAUGAUGGCCAGCAACAUACAGCGGCAGAUCAACGAGCAGAGUGGCCAGGAGAGUCUCAGGAACGGGAAUGCCAGCGAUUGCAGCAGCAACAAUGGCGGCUCCACCUCGCUGGGCUACAAGAAGCCGAGCAUUUCGGUGGCCAAGAUCAUUGGCGGAACGGACACCUCCCGGUUUGGUGCCUCGCCCAACCUGCUGUCCCAGCAGCACCAUCCGGCUCACCACCUGACCCACCAGCAGCAGCAGCAGCAGCAGCAGCUGAGCGCCCAGGAUGCGUUGGGCAAGGGGACGCGACCAAAGAGGGGCAAGUAUCGCAACUACGACCGCGACAGUUUGGUGGAGGCGGUCAAGGCGGUGCAGAGAGGUGAGAUGUCGGUUCAUCGGGCGGGCAGCUACUACGGCGUACCGCAUUCCACGCUGGAGUACAAGGUGAAGGAGCGUCAUCUGAUGCGACCCCGCAAGCGGGAGCCCAAGCCGCAGCCGGAUCUCGUCGGCCUGACCGGACCAGCCAACAAGCUGCAGCUGGACAAGCUGAAGGCGGGACCGCAUGGUGGCUCCAAGCUGAGCAAUGCACUCAAGAACCAAAACAACCAGGCGGCUGCAGCGGCGGCGGCGGCAGCAGCAGCAGCGGCCGCUGCCACGCCCAACGGCCUGAAACUGCCCCUCUUCGAGGCCGGGCCACAGCAAUUGUCCUUUCAACCGAACAUGUUCUGGGCCCAGACGAACGCCAGCAAUGCCUACGGCCUGGACUUCAAUCGCAUCACGGAGGCGAUGCGAAAUCCCCAGGCCACCAAUCAUCACGGCCUGAUGAAGAGUGCCCAGGACAUGGUGGAGAAUGUGUACGACGGCAUCAUUAGGAAGACGCUGCAGGCGAGCGAGGGCAAUGGCAGUGCGGCGGGCAAUGGCAGCAACGGUAGCAAUGGCAAUGGCAAUGGCAAUGGACAUAGCCACGGGCAUGGACAUGGUCAUGGACACGCCCUGCUCGAUCAGCUGCUGGUGAAGAAGACGCCGUUCACGAAUCAUCGGAACAAUGACUACGCCGCCACCUGUUCGAGUGCCAGCGGGGAGAGUGUGAAGCGUUCGGGCAGCCCCAUGGGCAACUAUGCGGACAUCAAGCGGGAGCGGCUGAGCGCCGACAGUGGCGGCAGCAGCGACGAGGAGCACUCGGCCAGCCACAUCAACAACAACAACAGCGAUCUGGCGCACAACAAGAACAAGAGCGGCGGUGGCAAUGGUCAGACCAAUGGGAAUGGCAGAAGCAGCCGGAUGACGUCGCGGGAUGACUCGGAAACGGAUGCCAGCAGCCUGAAGAGCGGCGAAAGUGGCGGCCAGCAAAACCACAAAAUGAUGGAUCUCAAUGGCAGCAGCAGCAGUCACAUCAAGUGCGAAUCGGAGGCGGCCACUGGACACCACAGUCCGGGACACCAUGCCACAUCCAUACUGCACGAGAAGCUGGCCCAGAUCAAGGCCGAGCAGGUGGACCAGGCGGAGCAGGUGGAGCAGUUAUAGGAGCAGCCGAUGGCCGCGAAUCCAGCGUUCGCCUGGCCACCGCUGGCCGCCCACUACUACAGCUUCUAGGCGGAGGGGAGGGGGAACACCAAAUUAAGCCACGUUUUUUGAUAGUACCAUACAAAUCACUAUAUAGAAUUAUAUAGUAUAUACAUAGCCAGCCAGCUGACCGAUGUGUGUGUGGUAAAUGUGCGCUAGCUCUUAGUUAAAUGUGUAAUCAACUGCAUAGGGAAAAAACAAUACAAACAGAAGAUCAUAAACAACAAAGAUAACAAAAAGAAAAACCGCAAGCAAAGAAACAUACAUUCGUGCCCCGGAGUGUACGAUGUAUAUUUUUGUUUCGUUUUGACAAUCGACAAAUAGGCAUUCUCUUGUACAAACUUUCUUAAAAGCUAACAAAAAACAAAUCUAAAACCUUAAGACCAAAAAAAAACAAACAAAACAAAACAAAACAAAUACUGAGCAAAAACCAAGAACCAUUUUCAUUUUGCAUUUCGUUUCGAACCGCAUUUUUAUGUUGAGCAUAUUUUUUACUGAACAGAAACAGCAGUCCAAUGGGAAAAUAUAUAUAUGUAUACAUAUAUAGCAGAAUUAUAUAUAGCCAACAGGAAAUCAGUAAAGCACUUACAAGCCAACAACUUAAUCGACUUCUGUUUCGGCCAGGUUUUUGGCCCUCGAGCUGCGAUUUUCGCACAUUCCAUAAGAUUAGACUCUUAUGUUCCACAUAGUUUUCGUACGCAGAUUUCUAGAUUUCUAGAGCAGUCAGAAGCGCAGCUCAAACAGGGCCAAAACCCCAGGCAGUUGUCCUCGACAUAGACAGAAUGAGUAUAGCCAACAACAGCAACUACAACAACAAUAACUACAGCAAAGACCAUAACAACUACAACUACAACUACAGCAAGCAACAACAACAGCAAUAUCCGAUCAAUAACAACAACCAACAAAACAAA